GGUUCAUUAGCCUCAUUUGUUGUUUUGGGUUUAACGCCGUUGUUCACUCUGAGUACAGGAAAUCAUUAUUUAUUGUAUUAGAAGGACUUUACAUUUAACAUUUUAGGUAUAUCCAGGUACAUGUAUGCCAAGAUGCGCCGUGGCGAAGUGACCAGAGAUUUCAUUUGUGAAAAAUGCGCGCACAAUCAGACACCCAUGGACACAUCUGAUACCAGUGUUGGUGACAUGCUCCUACAAAUACCGCCUAUGGAAGAUUCUACUCAGUCCUUAGAUGGCCUAACAGCCGAUACACACUCUAUGAGAACAGAACCUGAGACUGAAGAUGACUUGUUUAAUGUGAUGGCUCCCUUCACCAGAGCACAGGAGUUAGAAGAAAGUGCUUUGGCAGAGCCUAAUCCAACUUCGUCCUUAGAAAUAGUGCAUCUCUAAUAUUAUUUUUUUUGUAAAUAUGUAUAAAAUGUUUGAAUAGUGAAUAGUUUGAUAAGACAAUUAUGGAGCAACUAGUGUUUAGUUUCAGUGAUGAAAUAGUGCAUCCAGUACCUGCAGCUCUAAUCAUCAAGUUAUUAAGAGUUUUUACAGAUAUAUAUAUAGGAUUCUGAUAAGAUAGCUGCAGAUGCAUAUUUAUAAAGAUUUUUUAACAAUAGUAAAUAAAGUAGGAAAUUUACAAACUCGGACAUUAAAGAAAGUCACUUUGAUAAUUAAAUUAGGUGUCAAUCACUCCAUUGACAGUCUAAUAAAGACAGGAGUAAAAAAUUUCACAACAGGUGUGAAACAACUGUGCUGUAGGUGCGAAAAGUAAUCAAUUAUUGUGCUAAUCUAGUUUUAUUAUAUCUACUUCUCUAACAUUCAAUCUACAACUUACAUAUAUUUAAAAUAUUACAAUAAUACAUAGCUGAAUUUAUGGGUAUUUAAAUACUAAAUGCCAAAGUAAUUGGGUACAUUUUGACUUUUUUGGGUACAUUUUGACUUAGCCAAGUGGGUACAUUUUGACUUUUUUGGGUACAUUUUGACUUGACCAAGU